GCGCGUGUUUUGGUCAUUUGGGCUACGUAUUUGCUAAUGCGUAGUAGACAUAGGAGGGAUGGUAGUGUCAGCUUAAGUGGAAAAAAUACUGCCUAUAGUUUGAUACAGUUCGAAAACCUGAGGGAUGAAGUUGAGGAACAACUGUAUACUGUCGCCUUAAAAGAUAUUCAGACAAGUAAUUAUGAGCAGCUUCAUCUAAACAUGCAUAGUUACCCUAACUCAAAUAGUGAUCGAAAUGUUGGAAAUACAAUGAAAGACAGCAACUCCCCUUUCGACGGAAAGUCCAAUUGCGGGAAAAUCACGGGCCUCCUCAAGUUUCCACCAAAAUCCCGGGAUGAAGUAAACGGGAUGUCGAUGAUUAAAACGACCUGCAAGCGACCUAUUGAGCUACAUCAUCUGGGUGCAAAUACUCAUGCUAAAAAAAAGUGUCAAGCUCAGAAACUGUAUGCGGAACCCUCUCAUAGUCGAUAUGAUACCCCAUAUUCCAAAUUAACGGGUUCAAAUAUAAGUUCACUUAGCAGGCCAGCAGCGUCAAAAGUGGAAAACUCAUUUUUGAUUUCAGCAUCCGAAAUAGCUUCCGAAUCAGAGUUCAUUGCAGACUCCCUUAGGACAUCGGCGAAUAACCCUUUUGCGGACUAUAAAUCAAAUGUUGCGUCUGUGCCAUAUUCAUCAUCCAUCAUGCAAUUGAAUCAAGAAGGAAUAUGGGAAUUAUCCAAAAAAUCACAAAAGGAAUGCCUCGUACCUUUGUUUUCUCCACAUGAUCUCAGCAAAUAUCAAGCUCCCUCAUCGGCUGUGUCUCCGAAUUCUUCAUUCGCCAACUCAGGUUUUCUCACUUUAUCCCUAUUUAGUCUCUAAGCAGAAUUCACUUUUGACUGGUCCUAUGGAUGAUUUGCAGGAAACUAAUAAAGGGGCUCUCCUUAUUCAAGAUGGUGCUGGUACUUCUGCGAUUUAUGUCCCUGGAGUGGACUUACUGUUUGAUGACUCUGAGUUUGCACCAAUUGAUAUGAUUUCCAGAUUCAGUCGAACGCCGAUGUCCUCACCCAAAAUAGUUGAACCUGGUUGUAUUUCUCCGUAUGCUGCUGCACGACCAUUUUCUCCAUCUCAACUUUUCAACCAGUUAGAUUCAAGUAUUGCACAAAGACACCCGUCUCCACCUGCUACAUCAUCUCUCAGUGCUGUCUCUGCCGGAUUAGAAUUGAGUAAAGCUGCCAAGGAACGCUGUGUACAGCUAAGGCAACAUAGACGUGCUCAGUCUGUCGAAAGACAACCACUACCCGCAUUACAUCUCCACCUAUCUAAAGAUGGUACAAGCCCGUUACCGCCCGGGUGGCAAAGAGCUCCAAAUAUGAAACGCUCUACAGAAGGUGAAGAUACAGCCGAUAGUUCUGCUACAUAUGCAUAUUACUACUACCAUGUCCGUACUAGACAAACUCGAUGGGACCCUCCUGUAUACCCAUGGGAUGCAGAUCCAACUGACACACUUUUGGGAGAAACUGGUGAAGAUGAUCCGGAAGCUCCAUACAACUGGGGGUGUGCGUCAAGGUUUGCUGUGACACAUGAAGAAAUUGAAGCUAUGUACAGUCGUGUUCGUCAACGAAUACUCGAACGUCAGUGCAUUGACCUUCUACAUGAAUUGGCGGGUAGGCCAGAUGCUCCUCAAGGUGUUUCUGAGCAAGGAUUCGCAAUCGAGCUGUUUACUCUUGUACACAAUACACUGCGCAAUUUUCGUGAUGCUCGAUGUAAGCUUGGUCGUAUCGUAAAUGAUGAAGACUUAUACUAUUUGACGAAGAAGUUGGCUCAAGCUGUGAUUUUGAAGGAGAUUCAAAAGUUCCAUGAAACUCAGUCGGCAAAUACCUUAUUUUCAACUGUUUUAACUCCUGAAAUCCCUCCAGCUGUUUGCUGUAGAGUUACAGAUUAUGUUAGAAGGUACAUGGAGUCCAAAGGACCACUCUAUCAUCGACGAAUGCAACAAACUACACCAUUAGCAAGUACUCGUCCAGAAGAAGCUAAUUCAAGACCUGAUCCAUAUGCUCAACAGUAUACUAGCAGCAACAUGCAGUCUCGACCAUUACCUCAUUCAAUUGUGAAUCGUUUACACACAAAUCAUGUAGACAGUGUUUCCUCACAGUGUGCUCGACCAUAUUAAGUACUACUGCUGUCGGCCCAUCACGCCGGUAAUUAAACGUCCAAUAUCCAAAAAGUGUACACUUUUAAAACGUGCCUGCAUUGUUGUUUUUAUACGUCCGCUUAUUAUCUUUGUCAGUUAAUGCGCACACAGUUUUUAUCCCUAUGAUGCAGAUACUGGAACCUAUGUGAAAAAUUAACUAUUUCAAAGCGUCUGUAUUCGUAAAUUAUCUUGGUAAAUAAUUUAUUAUGACUUUAAAUAUUCGUAUUUCCUUAUUUUGCAUCUUUUGUACAUAUAGAUUUAUAUUUGUUCUUUCAUCCUUCAAUUAAUUUCACUUAUUUUGUCUUCUUGAUUUUGACGACCGUUGUGGAGAUUUUUAUGUUUUUAAUGUGCCUGUUUUAACUUUGAUUUUUGCAUGUACUUAUACAAAAAUGUAUGCAAUGCUUGUAACUAUGAACCUUAAGAAAACCC